AGAGAGACUCAUCCGCCCCCACCACUCCCACACGCACAAGCCUUCCCACCCCCUCCCUCUCUCCAUCCUCCGGCCAUCCCGACCCAGAACCCACUCCACUUCCCCGGUGAGGCUGAGCGAUCCACCACCACCACCACGGCAACGACGACGACGGCUAGGAGCCACCGCGCGCACGGUGGCAGCAGGUUUGUUCUCUGAACCCUUCUCGUAGAAUACAAGCUAGGAAAAAAAAGGAGGCCUUUCUUGCUGCUGCUAUUUGAUCGAGCAAGGAAGUGUGAACGAAAAAGACUGGAGCUUUUAUUGCAAACCGUUCGUCUUCCUCUUUCCUUGCAAGUAGGAAGAACAGAGAUCCGGAGAACCUUUUUUUGCCUCCUGGAUUAAGCUGUCUGUUCUUGCACGCCUUUUUGUUGUUGUUUCUUUUAGCUUCUUUUGUUUUGGUUCUUCCUUUUAGCAAGCAAGAAAGGGUCGUUUUUAAGCCCCCUUUCAGGCUGCACCAACCAAACCAUUGACCAAACCAACCAUCCUCCUGUUCUUCGCUUUUAUACUGAGGAAACAGGCCUUAUUUUUCCAAUUUUUUCUUUUAGAUAGUUCCAUCUCCAGCUCAGUUUUUGCAAACAAACACAAAAAAAAAAGAUUCGAACUUUUCCCCCCAUUUUUACUCUUGCAAAUCCUUUUCGUAUUUUCCCAAUGGCAACAACAGAUUUGUACACAGGCCAGCUGAGCUUCUCCUCGUCGUCCUCCUCGGACCAGGAGCUCAUGAAAGCACUCGAACCUUUUAUCCGGAGUGCUUCUUCACCUACCUCCUCCACCACCUCUCCUUUCUCGUACUCAUCAUAUUCAUACCCCUACUCCUCUGUUCUGCCUCAAGAUUCGUACUACCUCCCCGCCACAUCCUCUUACACCGCGCUCCCGCCACCACCUCUUGCUCCCACCGCCACCUCCUUCUCACAGCUCCCGCCUCUGCCCCAGUCCUCCUCGUCGUACGCCUCUCCGGCGUCGUCGUCGUGCCCGACGUCGUCGGUGGACGCCGCGUCGGGGCUGGCGCUGAACCACCUGGGCCCGGCGCAAAUCCACCAGAUCCAUUCGCAGCUCUUGGCACAGCGGCGGCAGCAGCAUCAGAGGGGCCAGCUGGCGGCGGCGUUCCUCGGCCCGCAGGCGCAGCCCAUGAAGCACGCCGGGGCGCCGCCGCUGGCGGCUGCAAAGCUGUACCGCGGCGUUCGGCAGCGGCACUGGGGCAAGUGGGUGGCGGAGAUCCGCCUGCCCAGGAACCGGACGCGGCUGUGGCUCGGCACCUUCGACUCCGCCGAGGACGCGGCGCUCGCCUACGACAAGGCGGCCUUCCGCCUCCGCGGCGACGCGGCGCGCCUCAACUUCCCAUCCCUCCGCCGGGGCGGCGCGCACCUCGCGGGCCCGCUCGACGCCUCCGUCGACGCCAAGCUCACCGCCAUCUGCCAGGGCAUCACCGCCGAGCCCACCUCCAAGGCCGCCGCCGCCGCUCCCUCGGACUCGCCCAAGGCCUCGGCGUCCACGACCACGACUGAGGGCGACGAGUCGGUGCACUCCGCCGGCUCGCCUCCUUCCCUCCCCACGUUCCCGCAGCAGCAGCAGCAGGUGACGCCGCCGCUCCCCGAGAUGGCGAGCCUGGACUUCACGGAGGCGCCGUGGGACGAGUCCGCCGCCUUGCACCUCAACUCGUACCCGUCCUGGGACAUCGACUGGGACUCCAUCCUCUCGUGAUCAAUCAACCCAACAAGCAAAUGCCUAGUCACGCGCUGUAAUUUUUGUCAGUGGAUUUAAUUAACUAACCGUAGCUGCUUCGGAUCCGAUGGAAUAUUAGACAUCGGCCGUAGCGACUACGGGUAGGGUUUAAGGAGUUCGUCGGACGUAGAGGAGGGUUUAGGCUCAAGCUUUUCCAUCUAGUCAACAUGGAGCAGUAUUACUGUUAAGAUUAUUCAUUAGCGUCGUGUGCCUCCUGGUUGCUUGUCCGGUUGUUUUUUUCUCUCCCGGCAGGACCAGUUGAGGGUGUAAGUGUAAUGGAGUGUCAUGUAACUACCGUUGGUUACUACUGAAUUUGAAUUUGUCUAGUCAUUACAAAUGUU